AGUCAAUUCAUAUCCACAUUCCACACUAUUCUGCUCGUCUUGACUCCUCCGCCGCUUAUCGUCUUCGUCCUUUCACGUCUCCUCUCCAACAACAUUCAUACACCUGUAGAAGAAGAAAGCCCUAAAUCUCUUGCAACAAUGGCGCUUCCGUUUGCAGCACUUGCGAACGCUGGCUCCCUCUCAGUUCCGCGAAAUCUCGCACCAGUCAAGGUUUCAAGCUCUAUGUGCUCGUUCUCGAAGCUUCCGAGAUCCAACUCGGCCUCUUCGCUAUCUUCUUUCUCUUCAUCGGCCUUCAUCUCGGGCUCGUUGCGUCUCCAAAAAUUUCCCAGUUGCUCAGUUCAAGUUAAAUCCGCCCGUCCACUUCCUCCCGUUCAAGCAACUGCUCAGGUGGCUGAACCACAAUCAAAAGUGACAAGCCAAGUUUAUUUUGACAUAAGCAUUGGGAAUCCUGUGGGAAAGGCUGUUGGGAGAAUUGUGAUUGGAUUGUAUGGAGAUGAGGUGCCACAAACAGCUGAGAAUUUCCGUGCUCUAUGCACAGGAGAGAAAGGCUUUGGCUUCAAAGGCUCUAGUUUCCAUCGUGUUAUUAAGGACUUCAUGAUUCAAGGGGGUGACUUUGACAAAGGGAAUGGAACUGGUGGUAAGAGCAUAUAUGGUCGUACAUUUAAAGAUGAAAACUUCAAGUUGGUCCAUGCUGGACCUGGAGUUGUGAGCAUGGCAAAUGCAGGCCCCAACACAAAUGGAAGCCAGUUCUUCAUAUGCACUGUCAAGACACCAUGGCUGGAUAACAGGCAUGUCGUGUUUGGUCAAGUUAUUGAGGGCAUGGAUGUGGUGAAGCUAAUUGAAUCACAAGAGACAGACAGGGGUGAUCGUCCUAAGAACAGGGUUGUCAUCAGUGAUUGCGGUGAACUCCCAAUUGUCUAAGCAGGGCUUUUUUGUGUCCUUUUAGUUACUAUAGAGUACUACUGUUCCCAUCAAGAGUGUUGUGGGAAAUCUCAAGGCUUUUGUAUUCCAAGAAUGAUAUUUGUAGAAACUCUAUUUCCAGGUUUGUCUGAACUUUGAACUGGAAUUCUACAAUUUGUAUGGGUUGUAUCUGGGCCCAAUGAAUGAAAUUUGGACAAGACUUAGGCCCACUC